UCAGGAUUUUUCCUCCUUUCAACUUCUGUCCCAGGAUGAUUGCAUCGCUCUGUCCUCAUUUUAUCUGCAGGAAGUUUUCCCAUUCAGCCUGCCUACUCUUCUUCCUUCUGCUUGCUGGACCAAGCAGCACAUUAGCGCUUGGUGGUGGAGGUAGAGUAAGGUCAGGGCAGGAAGGACGAUCAAGAGCUGAAGGUAGGAGAACUGAAACUGGGUUUGGAGAUAGUCGUGUUCCUAAACAAGGAGCUGCGAUGCCAGAGGAUGGUGAGGUGUGGGGGGACCCUGGUACUGCUACUGGUUUAAGGCCCAUGUUCUCUAUGGGUGAAGGGGGACUAUGGGAGCCCCGCAGUUUCUCUCGCUGUGUCCCCAUCCCGUCUGGUAUGGCCUUGUGCCAGAACAUUGGCUAUGAUACCAUGAGGAUGCCCAACCUGCUGGGCCAUGAGUCUCCAGCAGAGGCUGUACAACAGAGUGCCAGCUGGUUGCCACUACUAGCCCGAGAGUGCCACCCUGAUGCACGCAUCUUCCUUUGCUCUCUUUUUUCACCCAUCUGCCUUGACAGGUUCAUAUCACCUUGCAGGAGUUUGUGUGAAUCUGUGCGGGACAGCUGUGCACCAAUCAUGAGUUGUUACGGUUACCCCUGGCCAGAAAUUCUGCGCUGUGAUCAGUAUCCUGCGGACCAUCUCAUGUGUAUCUCUUCCAUCACCAACAGCACUGUUCACAAAGGGGGACGUAGAGCACCUCAGGCAAGUUGUCGGGAUUGUGAGCUGGAGGAGGCCUCUUCCUUAAAAAAUACACUAGAUUCCUUCUGUAGGAGUGAUUUUGUUGUGAAACUGCGUCUGACACGGCUCAAAUACAGUCCGGUAAGCUUGUCUCAAUUCUCACUGGCUACCAAACUGGAAGUUCUGAAGCAUGGACCCUUGCUGGGUGGGCAGAUACGAUCCCGCAUUGAGCUGUGGCUGGAGAGGGAUGCCACCUGUGUAAGGAACAUGACACGGCAACAACCACGAGGCGGCACCUUCCUAGUGACAGGCACAGUGCAGGGGGAACGCCUGGUAGUCAAUAAGGCUUAUGCCUGGCAGAGACAUGACAAGAACCUGAUGGCAGCUGCGCGCAAAUGGAAACAUUACCGAUGUAGGACCUAA